GGUUCAAACGAGGUCUCGAGGUGAAGCUUCAAACUAAACUCGGCGCUUCUUGGCCGAACAACAUUCCAAGAGAUUUUAAAUAAAGGACUUUCAUUUUCGACGAAAUUCCGAAGAACCACCUUCCAUGAAGCUAUGAGUCAGUUAUCGGUUACCGGUAUUCGAUAUACCUGAGCUACCUGUGACGAGAACGGCAUACCCAAACAGUUUGUCGUACCUGUUAAGUGCUACUUAUUAGUUCGUUAGUGUAUUAACUGUGAUCAGUGAAAUUGUCCUUUUAAAUAUGUACAACAAUCAUCACCAUGGGCUUUAUACUAUUCGUGGCGACAUGUGCUAUGAAAAUAAGUUGAUGGCUAACACAGCGCUACCUGGACGGCCUCCAGCAGAAUCGAUUUGUCUGACCGUUUCCGAGCACGAUAGGAACUCCACGACACCGAAACGAAAGCGACGUCUACGAAUAAGUCCAGUGACAGUAGCAAAUGUGUCUAUUGUUCUAAUAGUUUUCGCAUCGCUCGUAUAUUUGGAGUACGGGCCGACUCCUACGGCAAAGCUGGGCUUUUACUGCAGAGAUCCCUCCAUAUCGCAUCCGUACAAGGGCGACAGCGUAACGCUCCACGCGAUUUUGGGCGGAAGCAUCGCCGGACCUCUUCUGAUCAUCGCCGCUGUCGAAUUGUACAGGGAGAAGAACUUUAGCAAAAGAUGGGGGUUGGAGAUAUGGAACUGGUUCCGAGACUUCAUGAUUGGGUUAACGGUGAACUUGGUGCUCACUCAAGUUGGAAAAGUGCUCAUUGGAGAACAUCGACCGCAUUUCUUCGACACUUGCCUACCAGAUGUCGGACAUACCUGUUCGCCGGGCGAAUUCGUUACGGAUUAUAAAUGUACGAAUUCAUUUUACAGCAAUUAUGUGAUAACGGACUCGUCGAGAUCCUUUCCGUCGGGACACGCGUCCGUUUCUGUUUACACGUCGUUAUUCUGUGCCUUCUACAUUCAUUUACGCCUGCCAUCGCAUCAGUUGCGACUUGUGAUAAAACCUUUUAUUAUCGUUUGCAUUCUGCUCUGGAGUGUCGUAUGCUGCUCUACAAGAAUUACGGAUUACAGGCAUCACUGGUGGGACGUUUUAGCUGGGCUUAUUUUAGGAAUUGCCUGCGUCGUUUACACAGUGCUCACCUUGUGCAAACCGUUCGAAACGCCGCUAGUGGUGUCCAAGACUCACCGGCCGAGCGCGUCAACUACUACCCUUUUAGAUGUGAAAAAUAAAGACGCGACCAGUGUUAUUAUAUGAUUAGUGCGCUACAAUUUAGCAAAGUGACCUUCUGAAGUACUGCCUCCGGUGAUACAAAUCGACUUUUGUGUACCUUUUGUGCUUUUCUAUUCAAUUUUUCAAUCAGAAAUCAUUUCGAUUUAGUCAAGACUAAUGGUAAAAAUAUAUUGGUGAAUGUGUUUUCUUUUUAUCAUUUUUAUAAGAGCACCUCAUUUGAAAUGUGACAAGUCAUACGCUAAUGCAGAAAAUGUAUGUAGAAGAGCUUUAGUUAUGAAGCGAUGUAGAAUGCUCCGUUUUUGAGAGCGUAUUGAUUUUAGUAUUAUGGCCAUUAAAUAUAUAGGUUUUCCAAUAAACCUCAUAUAGGGUCAAAUGGAAUAAAUGGAAAUUGAUUUGGUUCAUCCAUACAUAUUCCAAGUUAUUUAUUAUUUAUGUAUUGUAAUGUUCAUAUUUUAAUUACAAUUAAAAAGCAAUA